AUACAGCCUAGACAUAGCCUACUACAACACCUCACUCAGGCUACACCAGACGUGUCCUAGUCCUAAAUGUGAAUACCGCAGGGAAUUCCACGUAUUGUUUACGAUUCAUCUCCGCUGCAUGUGGAGUGUGAGUGUGGACACCUAGAAAUAUGUUGACUGAGUCACUGCUGCCACGACGCUGACACAUUCCAGGAGAGGAGGACUGUCCGGGCUGCCUCUCUUCUGAUAAGCAUCCUAUGGUAUUCUGUACAAGUCAAGAUGGCGGUGUCGGCAACGGAAAAGGACGCAAUAAAUACUGAAGAUGACCAUCACAACGAUUCGUUCGGGAACCCCGGGCUUAUCUCGCCGGAUAGGGAGGACAUUGCACGGCUUCUGAAGGUGCCAUUCAGCGGCCGCAUCAGAGGUGGUAUGAGGCCGGGGAAGAAGGUCAUUGUCAUGGGCAUUGUUGAUCUGGAGCCAGACAGCUUUGACGUCAGCCUGACAUGCGGCCGCGGUACAGAGAAGGAAGAGCCACAGCCAGAUGUAGCCCUGAAACUCAGCGCUCGAUUCGCUGAGCGACAGUUUCUGCGUAACUCCCGCGUCUUGGGAAAAUGGAGCGAGGAGGAGAAGUCUAUCGACUACUUCCCCUUCAUCCCUGACCAGCCCUUCAGGAUUGAGAUCCACUGCGAACACACGCGCUUCCGGAUAUUUGUGGACGGAAACCCGCUCUUUGACUUUUUUCACAAAGUGAAAUCUUUGCCGUCCAUCGAUACAGUGAGGAUAGAAGGGGGUCUACAGAUCACCAAGCUAGGUUAACCAACCCAGCUGCCAUGCCAGUGUGUGACACAACAAGAACUCAAUACAGCUGCAGCCUGCCACAACACAAAUACCAUUCAACCCACUCUGACCUACAAUGGCCUCAGAAAAACAGCAGAAAAACAAGUAAGACUUUAUAAAAAUAAGACUUUUGGUUUGAACUGAAUGUCAUUGCUCUCUGAUUGUAAUCUGAUGUUAACAUGCCUUCCGAUUUUCUACACAUUUUGAACAUGGCCUUGGUUUUUGCAUGAGAAAAUGUGUCUGUGCUUUAUAGGCAAAGCGUUUCGGUACACCUGUGUUGUUGACAGACCUGGGUUUAAAUACUAUUUGAUAUCAUUUCAAAUACUUUAUCUGGGCUUGACUGGCACAAUGGAACCAAUAGAAUAGUCACAAGGACUGCAAGCCCCGCCCAUCAGGCACUCCAGGCAUACUAGACGAGAGCAAACUGAAUGUUUUUGAAAGAUUUCAAGUAGUAAUUGAACCCCGGUCUGGUUGUUGAAUACAGGUACUAUCUGAGCAUAUUGUAUAUCUGAGAAGCCAAGAUGAUAGGUUUUCCUAGUUUUUGUUUUUAGACUUUACGAAACAUGUGAGAUGCCUUUUUGUUCUUUCUACCAGCGGUGUUGUAGCCUCGUGAAGCAUUAAACUGCUGUUGGAAAGAAAAGGCCCGAGCCAAUGGGUAUGUACCAAAUGGUACCCUAUUCCUUACAAGUGACACUUCUUUUGACCAGAGCUCUAUGGGCCCUGGUUCAAAGUAGUGCACUACGGUAAUUAGGGAAUAGGGUGUCAUUUGGGAUGCAGUAAUUAUUAUUGCUUUUUUGGAAAAGCAAACUGUAGUUAUUAUGGACUGUCAUAUGUAGGUUAGGUUGUGCUGUUGUUGUACUAUAGGGUUUCCCUUUUCAUUUAUCAAGAACAAGGCCAUUUUCAUAUUUUUUUAAAACAGUGCCUGUUAAAUUAAAUAUUAAAAGAUGAAGUCUUGUAAUUCAAAAGCAUAUCUAUAAAGUUAGGUUUGAUCAAGUUGUUCUCUCACCAAUUAACAUCAGAUGAGGAUUUAGGAUGAGAAGUUUGACCAAAUCCAGUUGUUUAGUGUGAAGUGUAAAAGAAGUCUGUCUGCUACAACAUGUAAAGGGUUGUUUCUGUCUGAUGUAGCUAGUGUUGUCUGACUGACUGACUCAGGGAAGAAGAUCCCUGGUUAACACGUUCAUUCUCUAUUCUGGGUUUUUAACAGAGGAUUCUGCAUAGAACCAGUCCCAUAGGAGCAAUACAACUCUUUGUCUGUGUCCCAAAGGGCAAUCUAUUCCUUUUAUAUAGAGCACUACUUUCAACUGGACAAAUCUAGUGCACUAUGUAGGGAAUAGUGUGUUAUUUGGGACAUGCAGACUUAUUAGACACUAUUUCCUAACUGAAUGAAACCAAGUUGUCAUUCAUGGAGAAUUGUAACAUUUUUGCAUUAGAGCAUGUUUUGUUUGUGUUCAUUAAAGGAGUAAUUCCACUAGUUCUGCUCUCUUCCUCUUGCUUCUGUUAAAACGAAUACUUUGUAGACCAAUAAAUGUGUGAUCUUGGAAUGUA